UCUACCGCGACUACAACGACACCCACAACAACUACAACGCAAACAACAACGACUACGGCUGUGAUGGUUAUGACUACGCUGGUUGAUGAGGCAACGACUACCGCCGGUACUAUGGUGGACAUUGUGGUGUUGUUAGACCACUCGGCCAGUACAACCCGUUCUCAGGGCCUCAAUGUCUUCUACAACCCCGCCGUCAUUGACUGGUCCAACAUGUUCGUCGCCAAUCUCCCCCUCGACAGAUGUCCCGUCGGCUUCACCAUCUUUGAGGACAAUGCUCAGACACGACAGACCAUCACCAGCGAUAACACAAUGUUAACCGGCGCCAUCAACGUCCUAGCCACCGACAACACCAUCCCCUUUGCCGGUUCCGCGGUCGACUUAGGCAUCACCGAGGCAACCAGCCAGCUGAUCAACAACGGUAUUGCUGGAGCGAAGAAGGUGUUGGUAGUCCUCAUCGAUGGAUCGUCUAAUAAUGAUGCUGCUACGGAAGCUGCUGCUAUUGCUGCCGAGAAUAUGGGGGUGGAGACGUGGGUAGUGACACUUCCGACCCUCAUGGGCAUGGCUAUCACACAGCCCCAGCUGGAGGCAAUUUCCCGCAGUCCAAGUCGUAUUAUCAGCGUGAACGACGACCAGGAGCUUCCACCGGUUGCAAGCAAUUUGGUCUCUAGUAUAUGUCCUAUGUAGGCCUGGUAGAGCGUGGAGUCAGCGUUUCAGUGUGGUCAACUGUCUGAGAUGCUCGUGCAAUGUUUGACAAUUUCUUUGUUAAAACGGAUUGUUCAAAGCUACUUCUCUUUACUGUAGCAAAAGGGGCGGUCGGGUAGCCUAGUGGUUUAACGCCGAAGCUCGUCAUGCCGAAGACCCGGGUUCGAUUCCCGACUUGGGUAUAUUGUAUGAAGCCUAUUUCUGGUGUCCCCCGCCGUGAUAUUGCUGCUUAAAGCGGCGUAAAACCAUACUCACUCACUUAAGCUAAGGCUAACAUUC